UUAAAAAAAAUGCUGAAGCUUCCGUGAAAUACAUUUAUUGCAGUUAUACAUAGAGAAUACCUCAUCCUCUGCAUAAUAUUAUGUCGGGGGAGAUGUUCUUAAUUCACGGGAAUAGUGUAUUGUGGGUAGGCGUGGGCAGGAGAUCCCGACUCGUGAGAUUGGUGGUAAAAUCAAAGCUAAAAACCCUCGCAAACGGGCUCUUAGUAGCUUCCUAGCUCAGUCAAGCACUUGAGCUUUAGUACUGAUCUACAGUACUACACCCCUUGGGUUUUAAACAUUGAUCGAAACCGGACAUUUCCGGUCAGAAACGAGUUGCGAUUCUUGUGUCCUUGACUGCGUCUGCGUCACUGUUUUUAGUCUCACGCGCUUUCUUCCUUACGAUCGUUGCGCCUUUCACUGUUGCUGUCCGCUGAGCAGAGACUAGAGGAAUUUCUUCAGGGUUUUGCGCCUUUGGUACUUCGAUAUCGAUGGUAUUUCUAGAGCUCUAGGGGCAUUUGCCAAAAAGGGGUAAAGAAAUGGUCGGAACUCGCUUGAAAACCGUCCUGUCUAUUUGGAGAUUUAGCACCGAAGAAUAUCCAACACAGUGAUCAUUCUCUGAAUUGGCAUUAUGGAUGAGAUAUAUUAUUCUGGUCAUAGAGAAGCAAGAAAGUAGGAUGAGAUGAUGUUCCAUGCUUGUAAAUUUUCAUGUGAGAGACAGGACAAUGGAAAAGGAGAACAUAUUUUCAUUCAAGACCUCAAAAAGGGCACCAUUUGUUCUGCGUAUGGUUCUUUUUUUCUUUGUAAUGGCGUUUGGAGUGUACAUUUGCUAUGUAAGCCUGAGACAGAUAAAGCCAAACAAUACCCCUCUGGUUGUAGGGAAGGCUGGGACACAUUGUGAUAUACAUAGCAUCCCACCUGAGGAAACCCCCUUUGUGCAUUUUCCACAACCCAGAACUUAUAGCAGGGCGGAAUGUGCAUGUACCCCUGUCCGAUUCUUUGUUAUUUUAUCCAUGCAGAGAUCUGGAAGCGGGUGGUUUGAGACCUUGCUGAACAGUCACCCAAACAUUAGUUCUAAUGGGGAAAUCUUCUCUUCAAAACAAAGGAGAAGCAAUAUUUCGUCCAUCCUAACAACAUUGGAUACCAUCUAUAACUUAGAAUGGAAUAGUAGUGCCGCUAAAAAUGAAUGUGUGGCUGCAGUUGGGUUCAAGUGGAUGCUGAACCAGGCUGUUAUGGAUUAUCACCAGCAAAUUGCUAACUAUUUCAAGUGGAAGGGGGUUUCUGUGAUAAUUCUAUUCCGGAAAAAUCUUUUGCGAAGACUUAUCUCUGUACUGGCAAAUGUUUUUGACAAAGAUGCAAAGCAGCUGAAUGGCACACACAAGUCUCAUGUGCAUACGAAGGAAGAGGCUGAGAUACUGGCACGAUACAAGCCAACGAUCAAUGUCACUGGGUUGUUGCCUGACCUUAGUCAUGCUGAACGCAUCAUGGCAGAUUCAUUGCAAUAUUUCAAUAGGACUCGGCAUAUAAUCCUGUAUUAUGAAGAUCUUAUCAAUAACCAUAGGGUGAAAACUGCCUUAGCUGAUGUUCAAGAGUUUCUUAAAGUUCCAAUUAGAAGAUUAACGAGCCGGCAAGUUAAAAUUCAUACAAAACCCCCAGCAGAGCAAGUUGACAAUUGGGAGGAUGUUUACAAGAUACUCAAAGACACUCGGUAUGAACAUUUUCUCCACCACACAGAUUACAAUACCUAGUAGCAUUGUAAUUCUUCUCAUCAGUUUGUCAUUGUAUAUUUAUUACAAUUUUGCGCAUCUUCUAUCAUAUAGCCUACAUACUUGUAUUGUAAUGCACUAUUAUUUUCUCAAUAUUUGAUAUCUUAGUUUAGAUUUUAUGAAAUUAAGUUGAAAGGGCCAAUACACUUUUAGAUUGGAAAAACCUCCGUUUUUCCUCCAUUUUAUUUCAUCAUGUUGAAAGGGCCAAUAGUUUCUGAUGUUGUAAUUGAAUUCCUUUUUGUUGAUGAAAUCUUAAAUGAUGGAUUUUGAGAUCCAGAGUUUUCAA